AUGGACCGACCAAAUUUUAACACCCGGCGAUCUGUAGAUAGCGCUCGCUCCUUUGCUGCUCCUGCUUCUCCUGCUGCCGCGCCUGCCUCUCCUCUCGGACAGCCGCCCUCGUCGCCUUCUCAUUCCUCGGUCAACCAGACGUCCACCUCUGCCGACCUACCUCUGCGAUCCAGACCCGGCCGUUCUGUCUCCCACUCGCUCAACCUCCCCUCUUCCGCCAGCAGGAAGAGCCGACAUGCUGAGCCAGGAACAAGCGACGCCCACUCCGCAACCGCCAGCCUCUCCAUGCCCCCGCCCUCUUCUGUUCCCUUGAAGAGCCCUCGAUCCUCUCUCUGCCGCAGCCGUCGCGAAUCCAACAACUCUCUCGAGGCCUGGAGCGACUCCGCCCUGCAGUUCGCCGACGCCGACGAACAAAACGAUACCCCACGCCUCAUGGCUGGACCCGGCCACCAGCAAGAUCCCACCGCCCCAUCUCGUCCCCUCCCCGAGCCCGCCCUCACAACCCGCAAUUCUUUUUCUUCCGAAUCGGAGCCCAAUAAGCGCGCUUCCGUCUCCAGCGUUUUCUCUGUAUACUCGCUGGCCUCGGCUCGUGGCGUCGUUUCCUCAUCUGCACCUGGCCAAGUCCAGUCACAAUCUUCGGCCGCCUCUACCAACGGCUCUGACGGCGGCGCUCCUCGUUCGGUUUCUGGAAUCAUGUCGUCCGGCAAGCCUGUCACGAACGCCUCUCAGCCAGGCGCAGAGGUCUCCAACGUCACCGUUACCACCUCGUCCACUGCACAAAAUGGUACCACCGCAACAUCGGGUACCCACAACCUCACGGCGCGCGAAAACCACAACCACAACCACCACGAGCUGAUUAAGCGUCCUCAUCGUGAUCACCACCGUCCCCAGCCUACCCGAUCCCGUAGUAGAAACAAGCGGAGGUUCAGUGGAAGCACGGGCGCCAGUAGCCACAGCCCCAGCAGCGACCGAGGACCCUAUCACAACGGAAAGGAGAAAGAAGAGGUCAAGCCAGCUCCCUGGGGUGUCAUUGGAGUGUGCGCGUUGGACGUCAAGGCUCGGAGCAAACCCAGCAGAAACAUUCUUAACCGCCUUAUUGCGAAUCGCGAGUUCGAUGUGGUGGUAUUUGGCGAUAAAGUCAUCUUGGAUGAAGAGGUUGAAAAUUGGCCCAUUUGCGAUUAUUUGAUCUCCUUCUACUCGGAUGGCUUCCCACUGGAUAAGGCUAUCGCCUAUGUCAAGACCAGAAAGCCGUUCUGCGUCAACGAUGUUCCCAUGCAAAAGAUCCUCUGGGAUCGUCGUCUCUGCCUGAACAUCCUGGACCGCAUCAAUGUGCCAACCCCGAAGCGUAUUGAGGUGAACCGCGAUGGUGGGCCCGCGAUUCUAACGCCAGACACGGCCAAGCACAUCAAAGAUAUUACGGGUAUCGCCUUGGACGCUGAGGAAUUGGGGUACAACCGCUUGCCUCGAAAGGUUGAACUGCUGGACGACGGCGACAUUCUCAGCGUCGACGGUGCGUUACUCAAGAAGCCAUUUGUGGAGAAGCCUGUCAGUGGUGAGGACCACAACAUCAUCAUCUACUUUCCCAAAGCGACAGGUGGUGGUGCGCGCAGGCUUUUCCGCAAGAUUGGGAACAAGAGUUCUGAAUACGACCCGGAGUUGAACGUUCCUCGUGCUAUUCUAGAGCCAGAGAACAGCUACAUCUACGAAAAGUUUAUGCGAGUUGAUAACGCCGAAGACGUCAAAGCCUACACUGUUGGGCCCAACUACUGCCACGCCGAAACGAGAAAAUCCCCUGUUGUUGAUGGCGUUGUGAGACGUAACACACAUGGCAAGGAGCUUCGAUAUGUUACCGGUCUCAACGCCGAAGAGAAGGAAAUCGCCAGCAAGAUUUCCACCUCUUUUGGCCAGAGAGUAUGUGGUUUUGACUUCCUGAGAGCCGGGGGGAAGAGUUACGUGAUCGACGUCAAUGGCUGGAGUUUCGUCAAGGAUAAUGACGAUUACUACGAACAUUGUGCCAGCAUUCUAAAGGAGGUCUUUGUCAAAGAGAGACUCAGAAGAGGCGGCGUCACUUCUCCAGCACCUUCCCCGUCCCCUUCGGAGAUCACAGAUCCAUUGGCUUCGCGAGGCAAGGAGAAGGAAUCGCAGCCAGCAUCCGCGCCACCGACUCAGAACAAGUCUGUGAGCAACAUGUCGACUGCCUCCGAGAAGCCAACAGAGCCCAAGCCUAUACCCGCGAGCGCCCCUCAACCAAAAGCAGACAGUGCUUUGGCAUCAACAGUCACCAGCUCCUGCACCAGCCCAACACUUCCGCCUCCGCCUCCAAUCGUGGACCCGGCCGUUGCAAGCGUCCCAUCCGCCACAGCAUCCGCAACACCCUCUGCCACACCUUCACUGCAAGGCGAGGUUCCCGCACCGCCCGAAGAGGCUCCGGCUCCGCCACCGCCGAAGCACUCCUGGAAGCUCAAGGGCAUUGUGUCAGUCAUACGCCAUGCUGACCGUACCCCGAAGCAAAAGUACAAGUUCACUUUCCACACAGCGCCUUUUAUCGAGCUGCUGAAAGGACAUCAGGAGGAAGUCCUUCUUAUUGGCGAGGCGGCCUUGGCGAGCGUUUUGCAAGCUGUCGACGUCGCAAUGAGGGCCGGCGUUGAGGAUCGUCAAAAGCUAAAGUCCCUCCGUAACGUCCUGGUCAAGAAGGGUGGCUGGGCGGGCACCAAAGUUCAGAUCAAGCCCAUGUUCCGCAAGAAGAAGACUGAAGACGUCGCAGUUUCUUCUGGAGACGAGCUUAACCAGGUACUGAAAGAAGGCGUUGAGACCGAUUUCGCAGAAAAGUCCGAAGUUGAGGACAGCGCUUCAAAGGCGGAUAACUCUUCUCCGUCGCGGAAAGCGCCGAAAAGACACGAUUCACUCUCUGGUGUUACCAUGUCGCGCAUCACAGCGGCGGAAGAGAGUCUUGUUCUGGAUAAACUCCAGCUCAUCGUCAAAUGGGGUGGCGAGCCGACUCACUCCGCACGAUACCAAGCACAGGAACUGGGUGAGAACAUGCGCAAUGACUUCAAUCUGCUCAACAGAGAUGUUCUCGACGAGGUUCAUGUUUUCAGCAGUUCUGAGCGUCGUGUCACCACGAGCGCACAGAUCUGGGCGUCUUCUUUCUUGGACCGCAAAGAUCUUCCUGAGGACUUCAUUACCAUUCGCAAAGACCUUCUCGAUGACUCCAACGCUGCCAAGGAUGAGAUGGACAAGGUGAAGAAGAAGCUGAAGGGUCUAUUGCGCAAGGGCAACGAGAGACCGUCUCAAUUUGCCUGGCCCGACAAGAUGCCAGAGCCUUCAGAGGUCCAGACCCGUGUCGUCCAAUUGAUGAAUUUCCAUCGGCGGGUGAUGCAUCACAACUACGCAAAGCUGAACAACGGUAGCGCUGUUGCUUCACUCAACACCCACAUCACCAACCCUGGCUCUGAGAAGCAUAAUGGAGAUGUGUCGACGUCUGUUAGCUCAACGUCGUCAUCAUUGUCUCAAGCCAAUGCGAUCAACACCAUACAAACACGUUGGUGCUGCGGUGAAGACGCGGAGCUCUUCCGAGAGCGUUGGGAGAAGCUUUUCGCGGAGUUUUGUGACGGAGAAAAGGUCGAUCCCAGCAAAAUUUCCGAGCUUUACGACACGAUGAAGUUCGAUGCUCUGCAUAAUCGGCAGUUCCUGGAAUGGGUCUUCACGCCGCCUAAGGCCAUGCUAGAGGAAGAAUACGGUGGUGUCAAGGACAAGGAUACCAAGGCCACGGAAAAGACCUCGGAAGAAGGGAAGGCGUCCUUCGACUCCAGAGAGGACAAGCGGGAGUUUUCGGGAUCGAGUGACAAGGCGGAUAACAAGAGUGAGGCGAGCAAGAGCUCGACUUCCGUCAGACGCAUCUUCCGCCGUCGUUCGUUCCUGAAUGGCUUACGACACAACGGUGAGCAGGCCGCUCCCGAGCAAUACUUCCAUCUGUACAAGGGCACCACCCAGACCAAGGCCAAGACGGAUGCCCGGUUCGAGCCGCUGCGGGAGCUCUACCAGCUCGCCAAGGUUCUUUUCGACUUUAUCUGCCCACAGGAGUACGGCAUUUCUGAUAGCGAAAAGCUGGAGAUCGGUCUCCUGACGUCGCUGCCGCUGCUCAAGGAGAUUGUCCAGGAUUUGGAGGAAAUGCAGGCAUCCAAUGACGCAAAGUCCUUCUUCUACUUCACCAAGGAGUCCCACAUUUACACCCUUCUCAAUUGCAUUCUCGAAGGAGGCAUUGAGACGAAGAUCAAGCGCAGCACCAUUCCCGAGCUUGACUAUCUCUCGCAGAUCUGCUUCGAGCUGUAUGAGUCCGAGAUCAAGACGCCCUCCAACGCCCCCGAAGGCGGGGAGGAGCAGACUUUUGCGUAUAGCAUCAGGAUCACCAUCAGUCCAGGAUGCCACGUCUACGACCCUCUGGACGUGCAGCUCGACAGCAAGCACAGCAUCAGCUGCGCGCCGCGUCGCAGCUUGACACCCCACGCAGACUGGAUGCAUGUGAUCCGCACGCUGCGAGCCAAGUUCAACCAAGUCAAGCUUCCCAAGACCUUCCUAGCCAUCAACCUAUCGGACCUCUUCUCGUUUGAAGAUCAUGAGAGAAGGGAAAGUGACAGCGAGGGCCUGGAAAUGAAGUCACUGAGGGCCAAGCCAAAAACUACGGAUACCGCACCGGUUGCCGCGGAGGAUACAGAGGCCGCACCGGCCGAAGAGAUGGUUGCUGUUGGAGAGUGCCUCGGAACAGCGUCGAUCCAGAAGGAGAAGGAGGAGGAGGAGGAACCCGUUAGUCCCGGAACCAUAGUCGAGGUUCCGACUCCUUUGGUGGUUCCCGACACAGCAUCUGAGUCGACCACGGAGGCGAACACGCAGGAUACCACACAGUAA